AAAAUGGUGCAGUAUAAAGUGACCGUAUUCACUGGUGAUCGCCUUAAUUCCACUACUCUCAACAAUGUCUACAUUAAGCUGGUGGGCACAGAUGGGGAGAGUGAUCGCAAGUGGCUCAUGGGCUUGAAAGGGGCUUCAUCCUUCGUCAGAGGAGCUGUAUCAAAGUUUAAGGUGUCCUGCUCCACUUCCCUUGGAAAUCUUGUGCUGAUAGAGUUAGACAAACAGUCUCUCCCACUGUUCCCAGAAGAUGAUUGGUUUUGUGCCAAGGUGGAAGUGAAAUCCCCUGAAGGAGACAUCUACAGCUUUCCCGUCUACCGCUGGAUUGCUGAUAGCAAGGUGCACCGCUUCAAAGAUGGAAAAGCUCUGAGAGUCUUUGAAGACAACCAUCAUCUUGGCAGGUACAGUCGGCAGCAAGAGAUUCAGCAGCGAGAGGAAGACUAUCGCUGGGAUGCAUAUGCAGAGGGAAUACCUCACUCCUUGAAGGCACAAAACCCAAUUUUUCUGCCAUCAGAGGUUCAGUUCUCCUUCACCAAAACUACAGAGUUUGUCUACACUGCUUCCACAGGACUGACUGAGCUGAAGCUGAAGGGACUGGAUAACCGUAAGGAGAAGUGGGAUAAUAUUGACAGCAUCAAUCGAGUGUUUUGCUGCAAAAAGACUGAAAUAUCAGAAUAUGUUCAGGAACACUGGAAAGAAGAUGCUUUCUUUGGCUACCAGUUUCUAAAUGGUGUCAACCCCAUUUUGAUCCAGUGUUGUACAACCCUGCCCAGUAACUUCCCUGUCACUGAUGACAUGGUCUUUCCCCGCAGUCGUUGCGACCUUGCAGAUGAAAUGAAGAAAGGGAACAUAUUCCUGUGUGACUACAAGCUUCUGGAUGGAGUGAAAGCAAACACCAUCAAUGGGAAGAAGCAGUAUUUGAUGGCUCCUCUCGUCCUGCUCCACAAAGAUCCUGAUAAUAAACUAAUGCCGAUUGCUAUUCAGCUGAAGCAGACUCCAUCAGAUGACAAUCCGAUCUUUCUUCCUACUGAUUCUGAGUACGACUGGUUGAUCGCCAAGAUUUUUGUAAGAAGUGCAGAUUUCAAUCACCAUCAGCUCAAUGCUCACCUUCUGCGCACGCACUUGCUGGCUGAGGUUUUUGCAGUGUCACUGCUGCGCAACGUGCCCAUGGUGCAUCCUCUGUACAAGCUCCUCAAACUUCACACACGCUACACUCUGCAGAUCAACUUCUUAGCUCGACGCCUUCUCAUUUCUGAGAUUGGCGCUUUCACUCAGUUUGCAUCAUCAGGUGGAGAGGGCAUGUUUACAAUCCUGAAGAGGUCAGUGUCCUCAAUGACCUACAGCUCCCUCUGUAUGCCAGAUAACAUUGCUGAACGUGGCCUAGAAGCUGUGCCAAACUUCUACUACAGGGAUGAUGGCCUAAAGGUUUGGGAUAUCAUCCACAGGUUUGUGCAGGGAAUGCUCGGCUACUACUACAAGAGUGACAGUGAAGUCCAGCAGGACUCUGAACUUCAGAAGUGGAUUUUGGAUUUUGAACAUGGUUUCUUUUCUCAAGCAGAAACAGGAAUUCCUCAGACAUUUACUUGUGUGACUGAGUUGGUCAAGUUUGUCACCAUGGUGAUCUUCACUUGCUCAGCCCAGCAUGCAGCCGUGAACUCUGGACAGUAUGACUAUGGUGGCUGGAUGCCCAACACUCCCAUCUCCCUGCAACUCCCGCCACCGACCACAAAGGGGACGACAAGCGAGGCCACAAUGUUGGCGACCUUCCCUGACGUCAAUGUAACAGUUAAGGGCAUGGCCACCGUGUGGUUACUCAGCAAGCAGUCCAGUGACUUUGUCCCUCUUGGCCAGUACCCGGAGGAGCAUUUCAUUGAGGAAAUUCCUCGCAAAAUACUAAAGGAUUUUCAGAUGGAGCUUGAAGAUUUAAGUUUAGUUAUUAAAGCCAGAAACAAGCGUUUAGAAGUGCCAUACACCUACAUGGAUCCGGCAGAGUUAGAAAACAGUGUGGCCAUUUGAAUAUUAGAAGACUCAGCUGUGAGACAAAAUUCAGUUCCCUCUUCAAACAACAGCAGGGAAAGACCUCUAAGUUCUGACUUUUACUGAUGAAAUAGAACAAAGAACUUACUACUUAUAAUCACUAUAUACUAAACUGUAAUUUUUUUCAUCUGUGUUAAAAUGUGAUUCUUUUUUUGCAUUACAAUCUUGAAUCAUCUGAUUUGAAAUGAAAAAUGUUUGAUUUUUGGGGGUGUCUGUUUUGAGACAGUUGAUCUCCUGAUCAUGAUGUAUUUUCUUCUUAGAAAACAUUUACUGCAUUUCAUUGUUUAUAUUUUCAUUAUUUUAAUGUUUCAAUUUUCUUGAGCUAAACCCAAACAGCUUUUUGAUGAGUUAGACAACAUGAACACCCUAAACUUCGCCUGAGACUGCUACUUCAUCUCGGCCACCAAUGUGCACUUGGUUUCUUUGUUUCUUUGCUGAAACCUGAUUGUAUUUUAGCAUCAUAUUCUAAAUUAUCAGUUCUCUAAAGCCUCAUUUAAUGCAUGGCACAGAUUAAACACACAUGGCUCACAGACAUUAACAAGAUGGGUCUGCAUUAUCCACAUUAGCCUGCUUAUACUGUUGACAUGUGUAGCAUAUUUAUUUAACACUGCAAAAUAGAGUGAUGUUUACAUAGGCCACUGUAUUUUGUGUAGAUACCAUCUCAGUGGCAAAAAUGUGAUUAUAUUCAAUUCAGUUCAAUUUAUAUAGCACCAAAUCUCAACAACAGUCAUCUCAAUUCAGAAUGUGAUAAUAUCAAUUUCCUUUACACUCACUGGGCACAUUAUUAGG